AUGUUCGAUUCACGAGUUGGGGUUGGGGGAAUAGUAUCCGAGUUGUACUAUGGAGUAUUCGUGGGUGACCACUCGUAACGAGACUCGGGCGACGAAUGAGAAAAGUCCAUCUCUCCCUGGUUCGAUAUCGAACAUCUCUCAGGCAAGCCAGGAAGCUCCUCACACGGGUAAACGGUUAAAAGCUCCGCUCGAUGUUGUCCAGUUGAUCAAAGCGAACUAUGGAAUCAGCCUGACGAAGCAAUGCGAAACGCGUCUCCGGGAAGCAGUGUUCAUGACAAAUGAAGAUUUCGAAGCAGAGAUGCAGCAGCUGCGAAACCGCGACAAUCUCAAACGAGGAGAGGGGGACGUGCAGCUCGAUGCGGAUGUUGUCGAACAACUAUACCAUCUGACGAAGUUCCGGCAUGAAUUGACUCUAGAUGUCAAGCCUACUCCCCAAUGGACCGAGGAACAAUUUGUAGAAGCGUCUGAAAUAUUCAGGAGGGUAUCGGAGAAAUCGUCCCGGGCUAAUCAUACUUUGAACACUGUCACUGAGCUAGCCGAGGAUCUCGCCCUCGUUGAUCCGAGCCGUGUCAAUGUGUGAGGCGAUGGGAUGAGACUCCCAAUCAAAUAGGAUCUUCAACCGGAAUACGGAGGCCCUCCGCUCUCGCGGAAUCAGCGAACCUCCCAAUGGUCUGGAGCUCCUGGAAACUGGGCGCCGAAUCGAACCAGUACCUAAAUCUCGCCAGGACCCAGGAUAAGCCGAACGGGCCCGAGGGGAGGGGGGGGGUGGCGCUAGACAGCGGCUGAGUGAUAUUGGUCGACAGACAGCUCAAUUCGGUCAAGAGCCCCGAGUAGUUUUGAUAGUUUGUCUGUUCGCACUCGUCGUGAUUUGCGGAACGCUUCUCAACUUGACAACCUUCAUGCAUAAUAAAUACAAUCGAGGUAGGAAUAU